AUGCGAGAUGAUGAAAAUCAUACUCUCUAUUGUGUUCGACACUAUCCGGAUGAUGAUUCCGUUUCAAUGAGUAGUGAUAAUUCUAUACUUAUAUCUUCAUUUGAACAGAAACCAUCAUCCACAGAACAUUCCGAUCUUGAUUAUCCAUCUAAUUGGAAUGUUGAUGAUGUCACAAAAUGGUUAGGAGAUAUAUCAUUACAACAAUAUGGUGAUAAUUUCCGAAAAAAUGAUAUUGAUGGUUCAGUGUUAAUCGAUGACGUCGACGGUAUUAAUGAUGAUACUAUUAAACAAUUAAUUCCAUCAUUAGGUACUCAAUUAAAAUUUAAAAAAGCAUUAAGAACAUUGCGAAGUCGUGCUCAUACUCAGUCGAGACCAGGUAGUGCACUUAGUGUGGCGAAACAAGAAUCGGAAGAACAUCGUAAACUUCUACAAACCAUUCAACAACAAGCAGAACAAAUUACUUCACUUGUUUCAACAGUUAACACUCAGGCUAAACAAAUAGAACAAUUCGUAAUAAAACUAGCUGCCACACCAAAACCACCGCCGCCAGUUGAUGCAUUUAGUAAAUCAUCAUUAACGGUUCAAAAUCAAUUACUUGAUCUGCCACCAAAUAUGUCAAAAAUAGCACUAGCAUCAGCUGAUACUCCAGCAUCGGAUAUACCAGCUAUUGAUCCUGUAUCACCUUCUGUAUUACCAUUACCAGCGAAUAGUUAUACUUCAUCAACAACAGCUCCGGUUCCAACAGCAAUUCAAGGUCCACAAGGAUCCAGUGGUGUUACAUUUCCGGCUGUUGUUCAUCCAAAUAUUGAUGGCAUUGCUAUAAAACCCGUUUUGGAUGAUAUCUAUAACUUUCAGAAUUAUGGUAAAUAUGGUGUAACAAUCUUCGAUCAAAAUUCGGAAAAUAUACUUGUACAAACAUUAGUUAAUGUUGUACCAGAAAAUGAAAUAUGUAUGCCGAAAAAAUUUGUUCUACGAGAUUCAGUUAAUAACAUUCUUGUUGGUGCUUCGGUUAAAUUAAAAUUACACGAUCAAGUUGUUUUUACUGGUUCAACAGAUUCUACUGGAACAGUUAUUAUGCCAACAACAUUACAGAAAAAUUGUUACGAUGUUGAAAUUCAUGCGAGUGAUGCUCAACAUAAACCAUCGGUAUUUCGUAUGAUUGUUUAUGAAAAUCGUGGUUCUGAAAUUAGUACGCAAUUUAUUUGUCGACAAUUAGAUAGCGACCAACUUGAAAUUGUUCUUAAAUGGGGUACAAUACCACGUGAUCUUGAUUCACAUUUACAUAUUUCUGAUGGAAGACAUGUUUAUUAUGAAUCGAAAAUCGAAGAAAAUGUUUCACUCGAUUGUGAUGUUACAAAUGGAAAUGGACCUGAAACAAUUAAGAUACGUCUUGAGCCCGGCUUAAAAUAUCUUUAUGUUGUUCAUCGAUAUUCACGUGAUGGAUAUUUAACAAAAUCAGGUGCAACAGUUACAUUUAAUAAUAGUGCUAUAACAAAUUCCAAUAGUCCCUAUCAAGUUGUUCAAAUACCUGUUGUCAAUCGACCGAAUGCUAAUUUUUGGAUUGUUUGCGAAAUUGAUGGAACAACAAAAAAUAUUCGAAUGUUUGAAAAUGCUUUUGAAAAUCAUAAUAAUUAUGCAUCGGAUGAAAUUGGAAAAAAAUAUUUGAAAUAA